AUGAGACAGCAUGUUGCAAACGAGCAAGGUCUCUUGGUGUUCAAGGACACGGGAAACAAAACACACCACGGACAUGUAUCGGACACGAGGUGUAGGCCCGAUAUUACCGCUGCCUUCGAGCGUGAUUGGCUAGAGGACGGUACCGUACACUGGUCAUGCGUCCGACUCGCCGGAGAGCAGGCGUCCAAAGAUGAACAGAAGAAAAACGCGAUUUCGUACUUGCAUUACCUUCUUCUGGCACGACCCGAUCUCUAUGUCGCACCAGGCUUACUCACCUCCAAGGCUGGCAUCAUAUUCCUUUUAGGGAUUGCGGGGGAUGGCAUACGCAGGUUUUCUCUCCCUUGGAACCACAACGACCUUUACAAACCAUUAUAUGCGUUCAUCUAUCGCCUCUACAAACCCGACAAUUUUGCGGACCCGUCAUAUAGCGGGCCGUUUGUUGUUGAUCCAAAGGAAACCACUAGGAACUAUAGUUGGCGUAUCAAUCUUCAGGUGACAACUCGAGAUCGGGGUGCACACGUGUUGGACUUCUCUCCGAUAUUUGCUAGUAAUCCUUUCGGAACACGUACACAUGUGCUCUCCAAUCCAUCGUUCCAAUUCGAGGUCGAAGGCAAAGCUCUAACCGUGCUCAAAGAACAGCUAUGCCGAACUGGAACUCGUUUCGACGAACAGACAAUCCUCACCCACAUUCAUAAGCCGGAGAGGGUGCCUGGUGUUGUGGAAGCCGUGUACCAUGAGACGAUUGAAAUCCCUUAUCUUAUGGGAAAAAAUAAGCACCGCUUGGGGCUUCGGCAAUCAGGAUUGCCUUUCACAAGUAUCCCUACUCCGCGUAAAGUGUUGGAGACGCUGUUUGACGUUCUGGAAGUGUUACGAUAUAUGCGUUUCCACCGUCAGGUCCUUCAUCGUGAUAUCAGCAGAGGAAAUGUUUUGUAUACCCAGGAGCCGUCAAGCCUCGAGCCGGAUACUCAGUCUGUCGGAGCCGAAGCGACGGCAUCAAAAGAGUUGCCGCUUUGCUUCAUCAAGUACCUACUUCGCGAGAGUAAUGAUCCCUGCCAAACGUCGGCACUCCUGAUCGAUUUCAAUCAUGCGGAACAUUUGGGAAACAAACAGGGUUCUGAGCACCAGCGAACCGAACGAACCGGAACACCUAUCUUCAUCUCUCGGGCAGUUGAAAUGGGAGGACCUGUGUCACUUGCAGACAUCGCACAGGUUCCGGCAGUACCCAAUAGCCCCGAAAUCUAUACUUUGAACCACCCAGACCGAAUCAAGAAAUUCCCGUUGAUAGAGAAGCUUGUGGUUGAGGGUCCGUUAGCGGCAGGUGGUGGUCACGAUUGGAGGCACGAACUUGAUCAUGAUGCGGAAUCCGUCUUUUGGCUCCUUGUUUACUGGGCUAUGGUCGUGCAGCCUCUGCAAAGGCAAGGCCCAAGUGAAUAUGUCGACCCAGCUACCUGGACUUCAUUAAUAGGGGCUGCCAACCACCGUGGUGCUUUGGUCACGUCACUGGCGAGAGGUCUUGACAUCACCCAUUCAAUGUACAAACCCUUACACACUUUGAUCAGCAAGCUCGCUGCCAUUCUUAUUGUUGACAGACAUUGGCUUCCAGAAUCAGAUGUACGAAAUGACCCAGAGUACAUUAAUGAGGCGUUCCAGCGCUUGAUCCUCCAAUUUAUCCUUGACCAUCAUCAUGAAACAUUCAUGGAUCAUCAUGUUGACACCCGCUUCCCUACAACCAGCCAGAGGAUGGAUGCAGUGAGAAGGAAACGGGUGUCACCUCAACCUUUAAUGGAGGCUGGAGUGAAGCGACGUUGCCUUGGUGUAGAAAGGACAGAGGUAGAGGGUGAGAAUAUGAGGGGUGAAGAAGUUGCUGACAUCAAUGAAUGGUGGUGA